AGUUGUUGGGUCUUAUUGGCCGCUGGUUAGACCAGCCGGGGUCCACUAGCCCUAGGCUGCGUGGAGGCUGCUGUAUCCAGUUAACACUUCAGCACCUGCAGCACAGCAGGGCCAAGGAGCUGCAGUCCUCAACCCGCUGGGGGUUUGCUCCCAAGCCCACUCUGCUCCAUCCAGAUCAGCUCCCUCCUCUCCCUUCCUUGUCCACAAGGAUUCCCAUAGCCCCUGGCAAGAGUUGCAGCCCACUUUGCCAAGAUGUCCAUGGUAGCCAAGUAUCACCGGCAGGUGAGUGAAGACCCCGACAUCGACAGCCUACUGGAGACCCUGUCUCCUGAGGAAAUGGAGGAACUGGAGAAGGAGCUGGAUGUGGUAGACCCAGAUGGGAGCGUCCCUGUGGGGCUGCGGCAGAGAAACCAGACAGAGAAACAGUCCACAGGCGUAUACAACCGGGAAGCCAUGCUCAACUUCUGUGAAAAGGAGACCAAGAAACUUAUCCAGAGGGAGAUGUCCAUGGACGAAAGCAAGCAAGUGGAGACCAAGACAGACGCCAAGAACGGAGAGGAAAGGGGCAGAGAUGCCAGCAAAAAACCCCUGGGCCCCAGACGGGACUCAGACCUGGGGAAGGAGCCAAAGAGGGGUGGUUUAAAAAACAGCUUCUCCAGAGACAGAGAUGAAGCUGACAGCAAAAGUGGUGAGAAGCCCAAGGAGGAGAAGAUCAUCAGGGGCAUUGACAAGGGUCGGGUCAGGGCUGCAGUGGACAAAAAGGAGGCAGGGAAAGAUGGGAGAGGAGAGGAGAGGACAGUGGCCCCCAGGAAGGAAGAGGAGAAGAGGGGGAGUGACAGGAACACGGGGUUGGGCAGGGACAAGGAUAAGAAGAGAGAGGAAGUGAAGGAGGUGGCCAGGAAAGAGGACAGUGAGAAGGUGAAGGGGGUCAGCAGGAACACAGACCUCAGAAGAGAGGACGAGAAGGUGAAAACAGCAAGUGGAAAUGCUGACAGGAAGAAGGAGCAGGAGAAGGUGAAGAGAGCAACUGGGGAUGCAGACAUGAAGAAGGAGGAUGAAAAAGUCAAGAAGGAAGAGUCCUUCAGUGAAAAGGAAGUCGGGGACGAGAGCAAGACCAAAACACCAGAAAAACAGGUCCCCAGUAGCCCCGCCAAACCCUUCGAAGGGCCUGCCAAGGCGGAGGAGGAAGCAACUCCCAGCAUAUUUGAUGAGCCUUUGGAGAGAGUGAAGAACAAUGAUCCAGAGGUGACCGAGGUGAACGUCAACAACUCAGACUGCAUCACAAACGAGAUCUUGGUUCGGUUUACUGAAGCUCUGGAGUUCAACACUGUGGUCAAGGUGUUUGCCUUGGCCAACACAAGAGCUGAUGACCAUGUGGCCUUCGCCAUCGCCAUCAUGCUCAAGGCCAACAAGACCAUCACCAGCCUCAACCUGGACUCCAAUCACAUCACGGGCAAAGGCAUCCUGGCCAUCUUCCGGGCCCUCCUCCAGAACAACACGCUGACCGAGCUCCGCUUCCACAAUCAGCGACACAUCUGCGGUGGCAAAACGGAGAUGGAGAUCGCCAAGCUGCUCAAGGAGAACACUACCCUGCUCAAGCUGGGCUACCAUUUUGAGCUGGCCGGACCCCGGAUGACCGUCACCAACCUGCUCAGUCGCAACAUGGACAAGCAGCGACAAAAGCGGCUGCAGGAGCAAAGGCAGGCCCAGGAAGCCAGUGGACAGAAGAAGGAUCUGCUGGAGGUGCCCAAGGUCGGGGUCCCGGCCAAAGGUUCCCCUAAACCUUCACCCCAGCCAUCUCCAAAGCCCUCUCCAAAGAACUCACCCAAGAAGGGGGGUGCUCCAGCUGCCCCGCCGCCCCCACCCCCUCCCUUGGCUCCACCUCUUAUCAUGGAGAACCUGAAGAACUCACUGUCACCAGCUACCCAGAGGAAGAUGGGAGACAAAGUCCUCCCUGCCCAGGAGAAGAACUCCCGUGACCAGCUACUGGCUGCCAUCCGCUCCAGCAACCUCAAGCAGCUCAAGAAGUUAAGUGGAAGUGCCCAAACUACUUCAGUAGGACCAGGCUGCCAGGCACCAUCUGCCAAUGCCAUGACUGCUCAGGCCUCACCCCCCAGGGUUACACAGACCCCGCCCACCCCAUCCCUGGCUGACCUGCUGUGGAUGUCCCUGUUCUGCCGUGGGCGAGUGUGAGGCCUGGGCCACCCUAAGGAAGGAAGCCUUAUCUCUUCUCACUUUCUUUUUCUUGUCUCUGAGGCUCUCCAAAGAUUUCUUUGAUACCUGGAGCUGAGGUUUUCAGACAAGAAGAGUCCUUUUUGCACAUCACUGAGAAGAAGGCGCUGCCCAGGGCCCACGUAGCUGGCAAGCUGUGAGGCCUGUGAUCCGGGAAAGAUGUCCCGCAGGAACCACAUAUCCAGCCCAGCCCCACUGCCCUCCAGGGCCAGGAUUCAGGCCUCUGAGGAGCCCAUGGGGCAAAGCUGCUGGGCCAGUGGCACUCUGUGUGGGACAAUGGCAGGAAGAUGGAGAGGGCACGGGUUCCCAGAGGAGAGUGAGGAGAGACUGAGGAUACCCCCAAAGCCCUCCCUCUGAUUAGCCCGGGCUAAUCAGAGGACAUGGCAGGGGCACGUGGACCGAAUGGACAGUGUCUGGUGGGGAGUCGGCUCCAGAUGGGAAGAGAGAGCGAGACAGCAGCUGGACCUGAAGGUUUGAUGCCAAAGCAGACAUUUUCCUCACAUCCACCUGCUGUUGUAUAAAUAGCUGUGUAUCUGUAUUUCCGUAAGAUUUUGAUAAUAUAUACAAAUCUUUAGCGUGAA